AUGGCGGGCCCGAGCAUCUUCCAGAGGAAUCGCAUCCCGCUGGAUGCGUCAGAGCCCAUCCCGGACGUGACAGAGAACGUUUGGAACGGGAAGACGUCACCGUCAGAACAGGCUGUGCCACCAGAGGCGGAGCAAGUGGCCCGGCCGGUGCAGGAGCCGCCAGAGCCCUUGGGCAAGGCCAAAGCACGGAAGGUUGGCAAGCCGCCCGAGGAAGGACCACCGAAGCCUGAACGGCGCGUUUGCAUGGUGUUGCUGCGUGCCUCGGGAGCAGGGCAGGAGACCUGCAACCAGGACUAUCGCUACAACGGCCUACACCAGGGCAAACCCAUGUUCAAGGCAGAGAAUGGUGCAGUGAUCUAUUUCAAUAAGUUUUGGAAGAUGAACAAGGUCUUCAAAACAACUGGCUGGAUCUACUGCACCAAAGACUCCAACGGUUCCUUCCCGGCGGAGGGCCGCUGGAGCUCGGAGGGCACCAGCGACCCCAACGGCGCGGGACGCCCUCCGAGCCUCCUGCUGAUGGACGAGCCCCAACCCCGCGUGGUGGACGAGGAGAGUGGUGCACUGGUCCUCGAAGAUGGACAGAAGGCCCCGGCGCAUCGCCGCGGCGGAACCUUCCUUGGAUUGAAGGUGGGGAGUCAACUCAUCUGGCUGGUUCCGGUGGGGAGUCAAUUUCCGCAGAUGGGCAGAGAUAGGAGCCAGCGCGCUUCUGCCAGCGACUUGGCGCUUCUGCUGGGCGAUGCGCAGGACGAUGAAGAGGAUGAGAUGCCUUCCUGUUCUCCAACGGCCCAGAAGUUCCUGCAGCGCUAUUUGACCGUCGAUGGCCAGCCCCGCCGGGCGGCCGCCAUGGUGACUGAAGCUGCAGGGAGGGAAGAGUGGAAGAUCACUGGCACCACCGAAGUCUUCCAAUCACUACCCGAAGCUGGGUGCUGGCAGUGGUAG